AUGGCCAGACUCUGGCAGUCUCUGAAGCUCCUGCUGGCCAUUCUGGUGGCCCUGGUGGCCUCCUCCUACCAACUAAAGAAAACCUUUAUAAGUAUCCACGAAGUGUCUGCAGUGGAACAGUAUGUGAAAGACACCCUGCAGUACCUCACCAAUGAGUACAACAAGGAAAGUGAUGACAAGUACAACUUCAGGAUCCUCAGAAUCCUGAAGAUCCAGAAGCAGGUAACCGACCAUAUGGAGCUCCACGUAAAUGUGGAGAUGCAGAGAACCGUCUGCCAGAAGGCAGAGAAGGCAGAGACAAGCGACUGUGAAAUUCAACAAGGGGAGCUGUACAAGAAAAUCCAGUGCUACUUCUCAGCGUUUGUUAUACCCUGGACUGAAACAUACAAACUUCUGAGAAAAAACUGCAGCAACAGCUGA